CCGUGACGUCACUUCCGCCUCGCCGUGCCCGCCCGUAAGAUGGCAGCGGCGCGGCGGCGGAUGGCAGUGGCGGCGACGGGAUGCUGCGGGCAGUGCUGGGGCGCACGUGGGUGCUGCUGAGCCGCGCCGGGCCCCAGGGCCCCGGCCUGAGGCGUCUGUGGGGGCGCGGGGCCCGCCCGGAGGCCGCAGCGAGGCGGCGGGCCUGGGCCUGCGGCUGGCGGCGCUGGAGCUCCGAGCCGGGGCCGGAGCCUGGACCGGGGGCGGCGCUGGGCCGCGCGGAGGCGGGGCACUACCAGCUGGUCUACACCUGCAAGGUGUGCGGGACCCGGUCCUCCCAGCGCAUCUCCAAGCGGGCCUACCACCAGGGCGUGGUCAUCGUGACCUGCCGCGGCUGCCGCAGCCACCACGUCAUAGCCGACAACCUGGGCUGGUUCUCCGACCUGGACGGGAGGAGGAACAUUGAGGAAAUCCUGGCGGCCCGAGGGGAGCAGGUGUGCCGAGUGGCUGGGGAUGGGGCCCUGCAGUUGGUUUUGGAGGCGGCCACAGCCCCCACAUCCUCUGCUGCUGACCCAGACGCUGGGGAGGACCAGGACCCCGCCCCCCCUGGCCAGGCAGCACCCGGCUGACCUCCCCCUCCCUGGCGCUGGGGGCCUCCUGGCCUCCUCCUCCAAGAGAAGGUGCCCGGCGGCCCAGACCUGGCCUUCCCGUCAAUAAACAGCUCGUCAGGCGCUGGGC